AUGAUGCGCCGCACCGUCGCGGUGCUCGAGAAGCUCGUCAUUGUCGAGUCGCCGAACAAAGUCAUCAAAAUCGAGGGACUUCUCAGCGACCCGCACGUCAUCCCCGACUGGUCCUUCCGGCAGGAUCAUCUCCGGCCGUUGGGCGACGGCGCCGAGCGGGCAGUCGCGAUGGCCACGACGGGGCACUUCAUGGCCCUCAGCGAGAUCCAGUGGACGCCCCGCAGCUCCACUCCAACACCAUCACCGCAGGAAACAGAAGAGAUGGAGGCUUUACCGCCAAACGGAACUCUCGCUGACUACACCCUGCAGUGGCAACUCCUCCCAGGCAGACGUAUACAGGAGACAUUGGAGCGUUACAUGCAGGAGAAGUUAAAUAAUCUCACAGAGAUUAUAUUAGCAACAGAUCCAGAUCGCGAAGGUGAACUCAUCGCCGUACACGCCCUCCAAACAAUAAAAAGACUCUAUCCAAAGUUGAAAAUACCCUAUUCACGUGCCUAUAUACAUAGCAUUACAGAAGAUGGUAUUAGAAAAGCCAUGAAGGAACGUUUGGUGGAGAAGUGUGAUUAUGACCUCGCUAAUGCGGCAGAGACUCGUCAUGCAAUGGAUCGAAUGUUUGGCUUUUUAGGAAGUUCAGUGGUACGGGCAGCUAAUGCCCAGAUGCGUUCUAUCGGUCGUGUUCAAACACCUGCCCUUAUUCUUAUAAAUGAAAGAGAAGAAAAAAUUGCCUCAUUUUUGGAAAAAAAUAAACCAACUUAUCUUAUUGAAACAUUAUUUCAGUUUCCAGGUACUAAUGGUACAAUUUUCUCCCAGGUUGUUUCUGUUCAUCUUGAUCGUAGAGGAGAUGCUGGACAUUUUAAUACUGAAGCAGAGGCGAAACGAAAUUUGAAAAUGUGGAACUUGAAUAAUUGUAGUAAUUUUAGUGUUCCACAUGAGCCUGUUAUUACACCAUCAGAGGUGGAACCACCACAACCUUUUACUAUGGCUACUGCAAUUGCAAAGGCAAAUCGUCAACUAAAGAUGAGCAGUGAAGCAGUAAGUAGUUGUUUACAAGAUCUCUUUCAAUUGGGUCAUAUUACCUAUCCAAGAACUGACAGUACUCGUAUUGAUGAGAGCGCUUUGCCUGCUAUCUACAACGUUAUUAAAAAAACGUUUGGCAAAGAAUCUCUUUACCGUCUUGAGGAUCGAAAAACUUUAACUCCUGAAAAGAAAAAAACAAAGUCACAAGGAAAGAAAAAGGGAUCUAAACAAACUAAUGUGGUGAAACCUUCUCUUGGAAAUGUGGAAGAUGCACAUGAAGCUAUACGUCCGACUAAUAUUUCCGCCGAUGGGGAAUCACUUUCUCUCCCACCACAAACGAAAGCUAUCUAUGAUCUUGUGAGGAAAAAUACUUUGGCAGCUUUUAUGGUUCCCGCAAAGAGUGAAAAGAUAGCAACCAUGGUAAAAUUUGUAAGUGGAAAUGGAGAGAAACUUUUUGUGAUUCUGGAUGGUAAACGUCUCACAGAGCCUGGGUGGACUCGCGCUUUUCAAAAGGUUGAUGGAGCUAAUACUACUACUAAUACCUCUUCUUCUUCUUCAACAACAACAACAACAACAACAACAGCUUCCAACACAAAACAUAAUAAUCAAAAUAAUACUACUGAGGAAAGUGAUGAAGUGAUGGAGAAGGAGGGUGCCCCUGUUCUUCGUUCUCUUUCACAGGAAGAAUUUUUGGCUAUUGCAAAUCUACAAAAUACAUUAAAAACGUCGAAAAGUGCGCAAUUCUUUGAAUUACGUUCUCCAACUGUUCGUGAAAAUCGUCCAAUUCCACCAUUACCGCAUUCAGAGGGUACACUUAUUGAGGAAUUGAAGAACAAUGGUGUUGGUCGUCCAAGUACAUACCCUAUGAUAGUAAAGACACUAAUGUCUAGAGGCUACAUUGAAGUAAACUCUAAAGGUCGCUGUGAAACGACACCACUGGGACGAAUGUUGGUGACUACGGCGAAGUCUACAUUUCCGUCUAUUGUUGACAUUGGCUUUACAGCAUCAUUUGAGAAGAAACUUGAUCUUAUCGCGAAGCCUAACACGGCGAAACGACCUUCUGGUGUGCGAGGAACUAAUGUAUCUCAAGCUGAUUAUGUACUCUCCAUGUUUCUCUCAACAUUUUUAAAUUAUGUUGCAGAAGCUACACGAGCACAGCGGGCUCGUAUUGUGGAACGUUCAAUGCGUUUAAAGCACGAACAAGAGGAAGAUCCAACUAUGGGCGAAGCGGAGUUUGAAGAAAGUGUGGUUAGUGCUAAGAAAAAGGUAGCCCUUGCAACAGCUGACUUGACGACGUUACCAAGAACCCAUCACACUUUUUCAGCUUUGCAACGUGGCUUGAUUGAUUAUCUUCGCCGUCAUUUUCCCCCAUCAAAGCUAGAUUCUUCUUCUUCUUCCUCUUCUUCCUCUUCUUCUGCGAAUGGAAGGAGUAACAGUAAUAGCAACAGCUAUAGCAAUAACAACAGUCAAUGUGACGAAACGAUGAUGAAUGAAUCUCCGACAUCUAUGCCUGAAAGGCGUAAAUACGAGAGAAGCACUGGUAUUUGGUGA